AUGAGCAUUCUGUCUGUAGUUGCGAAGUACCUCGCAGCAGCGAUUUUACUGUCAACUUACAAAAGUUUACCUGGAGCUUACUUUGUCCGUUUUUAUGAUAAAGUCUUUAGAAAUUUGAUUAUGCCCCUGAUCUUUGGCAAAAAUACUGAGAACAUACAAAAGCUUCAAAAUGACGAGCUAGGCUGCUUUUCUUAUACUAAACUGAGCACAUAUGCGUCUCUUUUCGAGUGCGAUUUCUACCUCCACAAGAGUAAUAGUACAUACUUUGAAGAGUUAGAUAUCUCCAGGACUGACUUGAUGACCAAGAUCUUUCAAAAACUUUUCCUGCAUUCUAAGCGGUACCCCUUUGUUCCUGUGGCUAAUGUUUUUACCAACUUUUUGAAGGAAAUAAAGCCUUUUCAAACUUACGACGUUCGUAGUUGUGUUUUCUGCUGGGACGAUAAGUGGAUUUACAUUAUGAGCCGUUUUUACAUCAAUAGCGGCUCUCAACUCGCUUCGCUUUCGAUUACGAAGUACGUUUUGAAGGAUGGCAGAAAGACUAUUAAACCAAAAGACGCCUUGGAAGUUUGCGGUUUAUUCAAUGAAACGGUUAACCAGAUUUCAGAGGGCAACAUGGAACUUUUGGCUCAGCAGUGUGGAUUUCACGAAACUAAGCCUCUGGAAGACAUUGUUCACCAAUUCAAUCAAAUUUGA